GGGAAUUUUCGCGAGAGAGUGGGGGGUUAAACGGUCAGCUUGGGGCGAGUCUUCGUUCAGUCGGUCGCGAUCUCCGGUGUCGUGUGGAGGUGCACUCAAGUUAAGGUUGGACCUUUGUAGUGGGAUUUGAGAAUAAAUUAAAGUGAUUUUGUGCGAAGAGAGGUGAAAGUGUGAUAAGUUUCGUUUUUUUCCACAUAUUUCCUCUGUGAAAUUGGCCACAGAGUUGCCUCGACACUUGGUAGCCGUGAAACGAAAAAGUUUAGUGAAAACGUGAUUUUGUGCGCGCCACGUGAAGUGCACCGCAACUACUAGCAAGCAGACGAAAAAGAAGAAGAGCUGUGAAGAAGUGUCUGCACUUGAAGAGCAAGUGCAAUACGCCAAGACAGACAGAUAAACACACACACGGCGAGAGACGGCAAGAUGACCGUGCCACGAAGGAGGAACGCGAAGCUGCUGAGCUUAAGUAUACUACCCAGUCUAGUCCUAGUCAUCGUAACCAUCGCCGCAACAGUCAACGGAAUCGACCUCAAGGAGCGGGCCCGGGCGGCCCUUCUGCUAGAGAAAUCGGCCACCACCGGCACCAAUGCGGCCUGCAAGGUCACCCUGUCGCAGCCCUGCCCACCGAGCAAGUUCCGGUCCGCGUCCGGCGAGUGCAACAACUUCAACCACCGCCACUGGGGCGCCCGCGGCGAUCCGUUCAUGCGGCUGCUCCAGCCCGACUAUGCCGACGGUCGCAUCAAGCCCCGCACCUCGGUGGGUUCGCACGCCCUGCCCGCCCCGGACAGCAUCAUCGACCAGCUGCAGCGCUCGAUCCCGGUCGGCGUGGUCCACCCGCACAUCACCGCCAUGCUCCCAGCCUGGGGUCAACUGCUGGCGUACGACCUGGUGCAGAUCCUGUCGCCGCACUCGAGCUUCCGCUGCUGUCGGAACGAUACGGCCGCCACCGACGAGAUCAUCCAGUGCUACGUCCGGAUGGGCGCCGGCUGCAAGGAGUACAAGCGAUCGAUCCCGUCGCACGACCCGGGAUCGUGCGAGUUCGAGCAGCGCGAUCAGCUGAACGCCGCGUCCGGGUUUUUGGACGGAUCGGGCUUGUAUGGGACGACGGAGAAGGAGAUUCUAGCGCUGCGGACGUUCACCAGCGGAAAGGUCGACAUCAAGGCUUGCCUGCGGUGUAACGAGCCGGGAGCGAUCGGGGCGCUGCACACGAUCUUGCUGAAGGAGCACAACCGGAUCGCGGAGGAGCUUUCGCGGCUGAACGUAGACUGGAGCGAUACGACGCUGUUUUACGAGACGCGCCGCGUGAUCAUCGCCCAGGUGCAGCACAUCACGUACAACGAGUUCCUGCCGAUCGUGCUGGGCAGCCAGAUCUCCAACAGUCCGGAUUUGAGACUGGAAAACGGCAAACACUACAGCGGAUACUCGUCCGCCAACCGCGCUGGAGUGUUCAACGAGGUUGCCGUUGGAGCGGUGCCCGCUUUCCUGACCAUGCUUCCACCGGACAUGUACAACGAGUCCGCUUCGGCGGAGAUCCUGAUCUCCAGCCCGGCGAUGCAGCAGACGUUUGUGCCCGAUCACGCUACCUUCAACGACGAGUGGACGCCGAUCGCGUUGGCCAUUCAGCGCGGUCGCGAUCACGGAGUGCCGUCCUACCACAAGGCGCUGAAUCUGUGCGAGCAGCGGUUCGGGAUCCCGUACGGCUCGAAGCUGACCUUUGACGACAUGGAGUACUUUGGGCUGUCGCCCGAGAAGAGGAAAACGCUGGAGGGCAUUUAUCAGGACGCCGAGGACAUCGACCUGCUCGUGGGAGGCCUCUCGGAAACUGCCACCCUCGGCACCGUAUUCGGCCCCACCCUAACCUGCCUGCUGGCGAUCCAGUUCGCCAACCUACGCGUCAGCGAUCGCUUCUGGUAUGAAAACGACCUGCCGCCAUCCUCCCUCAACCUACCCCAACUGCAAGCCAUCCGUCGCGUGACCCUCGCCGGUCUACUGUGCGAAGCCAAGGGCGUAUCCAAGGCCCAACCGAAGGCCUUUAUCCGCGACGAUCCGUACCUGAACGCCCGCCUCAACUGCGAGCAGCUGUCCGGACUGGACGUGACGGCGUGGCGCGCCGAAGCCCCCGAACAGGUGGACGAAGUGCUGGACGUGCAGAAGCCGGCGCCGGCUGAGUUUGCCGAGCUGGACACCACCGUGAUCGCGGAAGCCAUCGAGAAAGCGAAGGAUCAGCUGAACGAGCGCAAGCGCUUCGAGUACGAGUCGUGGAAGAAUCGUGGAGGAAUCGAUGCCAAGUCGCCGGCCGGAACGGCCGCUUCCUUCAGCAAGGCCAACAAGAACGCGCUGAUCAUCGCCAACACUUCGCUGCUGUACGAGCUGGCCUCGAACGAGAUUCUGAGCACGCUUCACUCCAUUCGUCGCCGCAAGCGUCAGGUCUUCGACAACAACUUGGGUAGCUUCGGAGGAGACGACUUCGGCAACGCCCUGCAGACGAUCGACGUGAACCAGUUCAUUACGGGAUCGAUUUCGCCAAUCAACCUGGAACCGCAGUGCGAGAAUCUGGAAGCACCUUGUGACACAGCAACGCCGUACCGAACGCUGACCGGUCAUUGUAACAAUCUGCGCAACGCCGAACUUGGACAGUCGUUGACGGUAUUCGCUCGUCUGCUGCCACCGGUCUACGACGAUGGAAUCUCGCAACCUCGCAGCACGUCCGUCGCGGGAGGAACGCUGCCGAAUCCGAGAACGAUCUCUUCGUUGAUUCAUCCGGACAUCUCAAACCUACACACUCGCUACUCGCUUAUGGUCAUGCAGUACGCCCAGUUCCUCGAUCACGAUCUUACCAUGACUCCGAUUCACAAGGGUUUCCACGAGUCCAUCCCCAGCUGUCGAUCGUGCGAUUCGCCACGGACCGUACACCCGGAGUGCAACCCCUUCCCAGUACCACCACGUGAUCACUACUACCCGGAACUGAACGUGACCAGCGGAGAGCGACUGUGCUUCCCGUUCAUGCGAUCGCUGCCCGGUCAGCAAUCCCUCGGACCUCGCGAGCAGAUCAACCAGAACACGGCUUUCCUGGACGCGUCGCAGAUCUACGGUGAAAACGGAUGCGUCGGCAAGCAGCUUCGCGGAUUCUCCGGACGCCUGAACUCCACGAUCCACCCGAUCCGUGGCAAGGAACUGCUCCCACAAACCCCGAUCCAUCCGGAGUGCAAGUCCGCCAGUGGUUACUGCUUCGCUGCCGGUGACGGACGAGCCUCGGAACAACCCGGUCUGACCGUAAUCCACACGCUGUUCAUGCGCGAGCACAACCGCAUCGUCGAAGGUCUCCGUGGAGUCAACCCGCACUGGAACGGCGAUCAGCUGUACGAACACGCCCGCCGAAUCGUCAUCGCCCAGAACCAGCACAUCUCGUACAACGAGUUCCUGCCGCGUAUUCUCAGCUGGAACGCCGUCAACUUGUACGGCCUGAAGCUGCUCCCACAAGGAUACUACAAGGACUACAACCCAACGUGCAACCCGCAGAUCGUUACCGAGUUCGCAUCCGCCGCCUUCCGUAUCGGCCACUCUCUGCUCCGACCGCACAUCCCACGGCUCAGUCCCCAGCACCAACCCAUCGACCCGCCAAUCCUGCUCCGCGACGGCUUCUUCAAGAUGGACAUGUUCCUCCAGCAGGUCGGCCUGAUCGACGAGAUCUCCCGCGGCCUCGUCGCCACCCCCAUGGAAACCCUGGAUCAGUUCAUCACCGGCGAAGUCACCAACCACCUGUUCGAGGACCGUCGAAUCCCGUUCUCCGGCAUCGAUCUGGUCGCCCUGAACAUCCAACGCGCCCGCGAUCACGGCAUCCCGUCGUACAACAACUACCGCGCGCUGUGCAACCUCAAGCGGGCCCAGAACUGGGACGACCUCGGCCGGGAGAUGCCUCCGGAGGUGAUCUCGCGUCUGAAGCGCAUCUACGCCAGCGUUGACGACAUCGACCUCUUCCCGGGCGGUAUGUCCGAGCGGCCGCUCCAGGGAGGGCUGGUGGGACCGACCUUUGCCUGCAUCAUCGCCAUCCAGUUCCGGCAGACGCGCAAGUGCGAUCGUCACUGGUACGAAAACGACGACCCCGUCACCAAGUUCACCGAGGCCCAGCUGGCUGAAAUCCGCAAAACGACGCUGUCCCGAAUCAUUUGCGAGAAUCUGGACAUCCAGGGUGAUAUGCAGCGUGCCGCGUUCGAUCUGCCCAGCAACUUCCUCAACCCCCGCGUUCCGUGCAACGCCAUGCAGCAGAUCGAUCUGAGCGCGUGGCGGGAAAACGUCGUCCAGGGCUGCAACAUCGGCGGCAAGCAGGUCAACGUCGGCGAUUCCGCUUUCCCGUCGCCCUGCACCAGCUGUAUCUGCACGAGCGAAGGGCCCCAGUGCGCCUCCCUCCGCAUCACCGACUGUGCCCAGCUGGCCCGCGAGUGGCCCCGGGACGUGAUCUUGCGCGAUGACGUGUGCAGUGCCCAGUGCGCGCUGGUGCUUCAAAAUGGCGGCGCCGGCGCCGGAGCGUCCCGACAGGUCCUCCGUCAGCCGCAGCGUGUGGCGCGCUCGCGCGUCGUCCAGCAGCAAACCAGCGCCAUCCCGAUCAGCUUCCAGGGCUUCCAGUUCCCUGAUCUGACGCAGUUCAUCAGCGGUUAGGAAGCGCGGUCAUGCGGGGUUAAGAGAUACGUGUAAAUAUUGAGCGGCCAUAUUGUUACGUCUUUUCGCGACUUGACUAUCACUUUCCAAGCUGUUUUCACCCCAUAAUUAAAGCAAGUCUCUAAACAAACUGCCUUUACCGUUAGCGUUAGCGUUAGAGCACUAAAGAAAACGAACAAAGCAUGCUUUUAACUUAAUUUUAUUCCUGAACGGCGUCGCGCAGAGUCAAACCAGCGACCACGAACUGUACUUUGUAAAUAGUUAGGUUUUAGUACUGUUUCUAUUUAAUCUUUUUGUCAAGUUACAACUUAUUCUUCCCCACUCUAUAUUUUAAUCCAAAUCCCAAAACUAUCGAAUCAUAUCAAAUUAGGACGUGUAGGAGCGAGGAAGUAAACUCAAUCUCAGAAAAAAAAAUAAGAAAACAAGUUAGACAUAAUCAAAAUGUGAGCGGAACCUGAAGUAGUGAUACACGAAACAAGCGUCUACCAUUAGAAAUUAGUACAGAGCAAGUUUUAUCCGGCAAAUCCGCGGCAGCAAACCUCACAGAAAUGAACACUUAAAUAAUGCUGUCGCGCGUGAAGUUUGUCCCAAUAAAGAAGAAGAAGAAGCGCAUCAGUGAGAGUUUUUUAAGGUUAGUAAUUUGUGUACUAUUUCGUGUGCGGAUUAGUGGCAAACAAGUUUUUAAAUAGAAAUGUAUUUAUGAAUAAUAA